AUGUGCUUCAGUGGCUGGAAGGGGACAGAGUGUGACGUGCCCAGCAACCAGUGUAUAGACAUCCACUGUGGGGGACACGGCAUCUGUAUCAUGGGCAUCUGUGCCUGCAACACCGGAUACAAGGGAGACAACUGUGAAGAAGUGGACUGCCUGGACCCUGGCUGUUCRGYCCAUGGUGUGUGUAUCCACGGGGAGUGCCACUGUAGCCCGGGCUGGGGGRGCACCAACUGUGAGACCCUCAAGACCAUGUGCCCCGACCAGUGCUCCGGCCACGGCACCUACCAGAGCGAAAGCGGCACCUGCACCUGCGACACCAACUGGACCGGYCCCGACUGCUCCGUCGAGGUGUGUGUGGUGGACUGCGGCUCCCACGGCGUGUGUUUCGGGGGCAGCUGUCGUUGCGAGGAGGGCUGGACAGGAACGGUCUGUGACCAGAAGGCCUGCCACCCCAUGUGCACUAAGAACGGAGUCUGCAAGGAGGGCAAGUGUGAGUGCAACCAGGGCUGGACCGGAGAGCACUGCAACAUCGCUCACAAUCCGGAUAUUAGAGUCAAAGGAUUUAAAGAGGGCUGCCCAGGCCUGUGUAACAACAACGGCCGCUGUACCCUGGACCAGAACGGAUGGCACUGCGUCUGCCAGUCCGGGUGGCGUGGGGCGGGGUGCGACGUCGCCAUGGAGACCCUCUGCACCGACGGCAAGGAUAACGAAGGAGACGGCCUGGUUGACUGUAUGGACCCAGACUGUUGCCUCCAGACAUCCUGUCAGACCCAGACGUACUGCCGCGGCUCCCCGGACCCCUCUGACAUCAUCAGUCAGAGCCCGUCCAGCCUGAUGCCCCAGCAUGCCGCACGCUCCUUCUACCAACGCAUCCGCUUCCUGGUUGGACCAGAGGGCAGCCACGUGAUCACCGGGGACAACCCCUUCAACAAGAGCCUKGUGUCCAUCAUCAGAGGCCAAGUSCUGACGGCAGACGGAACCCCCCUCAUAGGAGUCAAUGUUACCUUCGUCCACUACCCCGACCACGGAUACACCGUCACGCGCAAGGACGGCAUGUAG